AUGUUGCUUUCCGAGGAACCCGCAACUCUCAUCCACCACGUCAUCGACAACUUCAACAUCAACCCGGACAAGCUCGCCGUCGCGCGCAUCCAGGAGUCCCUGUCGACGCUGCAGCAGGCGCGCGACCUGCGCGUGCGCGAGGCCGAGACGUCGCUCAAGAAGCUCUCGCGGCAGCUCAACACGCAGACGUCCCGCCACGACGACCUGGUCGAGACGCACGUGUCCGCCGACCACGCCUCCAACAUCGCCCGCCUCGACACGGUCAAGUUCCGCACCGCAAAGGCCGCCUCCGACGCCGAGAACGACGCCGAGCGCCUGGCCCUGCAGGCCGCCGACCUGGCCGCCCGCCUGCAGGAGCUCGAGCUGCAGGGCGUCGAGGGCGAUGCCGCGCAGCGCCGGCGGGACCCCGUCGACGACGAGGUGCUGCUGCGCCUGAAGGUGUACCGCAGCCUGGGGAUUGAUCUGGAGCGCGAUGGGCGGGACGGCGAGUGGUCCAAGGCGGUCGUGCGCAACGAUCGCAAGGGCGAUGUGCACGUGGUGAACAUGGACAAGAAGUUCUCGCGGUACUUUUACGCCAACUACUUCUGGCAGACGCUGUAG